AUGUCUUCGCUUCAGCUGACCGAGUUUGUCAGACGCCCUGCUGAAGGCAAGGCUGGCCACCCAGUGACCGUCCUGGCCAACUUCUUUGAGGUGACAAAGCUGCCGGACAUCACUGUCCACCACUACGAUGUCACCGUGACCCCGGACGUGGCCCCACCUGUCAACCGCAAGAUCUACGACCAGUUCAUCAGGACCUACGCCAGCAAGGACCUCGGCGGUGCACGUCCCGUCUACGACGGUCGCAAGAAUCUCUUCUCACCCAAAGAUCUCAAGUUUGAUAGCAAGACCUUUGAUAUCACUCUUGAUAGUGAUAUUAUUCCGAACUCCACGCGCCCUAUUCCUGUCUUCAAGAUGAAGCUCAAGAAGGCAGCCACCAUCAACCUGGAAGAACUCCAUCGUUUCCUCCAGCGUAAGUCGAAGCUGACCAACAACGUGUUGACCGGUAUCAUGGCGUUGGAUAUCUUGAUCCGCCACCAGCCAGCACUUCUUUACACGACCAUCGGCCGCUCCUUCUUCACUCCUGAUGGCAAGCAGCCCCUGGCUGGGCCCCUUGAUGUCUGGAGAGGAUUUUAUCAGUCUGCACGCCCUACGCUGAACAAGAUGAUGAUCAAUCUCGAUAUCUCUGCCACCGCAUUCUUCCAGUCCGGCUCCCUUCUGGAACUGAUCAUCAAGAUCCUGAAUCUCCGUGGCCCAGACGACCUUCGUCGUGCUACGCCUCCCGUGAGUUGGCCAAAAGUCGAGAAGGCGAUCAAGGGUCUGCGUGUCAAUGUUAAGCACCGCGAGCGUGCGAAGAGAUCGUUCAAGAUUUUCAAACUGACGCCAAAGUCCGCCCGGGAGACUAAAUUUAUGGUCGAGACCACCAAGGGCGACGGUAAGACGUCCCAGGUCGAGACCAGCAUCGAAGCCUACUUCAAGCAGACGUACGACAUCAAACUCCAGUAUCCCAUGCUCCCUUGCGCGGUUAUCGGCAAAACCGCUUCCAUUCCUCUUGAAUUGUGCACAGUGGUCGAGGGUCAGCGUUACAUGAAGAAGCUAGACCAGCGCCAGACGGCCGAUAUGAUCAAGUUUACGUGCCAGCCCCCUCACGUUCGAGCUAACAUUAUCAAGGAGGGCCUCCGCAUCCUGAACUACAACAAUAACGAGUACCUCAAGGACUGGGGUAUGAAGAUCUCGAACGAGAUGACCCAGGUCAAGGGUCGCAUGCUCGCACCACCAAUCAUCUCGUACCACCCUUCAUCGCAGGACGCCAACUUCAAGCCCCGCGACGGUGCAUGGAAUCUUUUGGGCAAGAAGGUCGCGCAGGGAGCCACCCUCGGUUCCUGGGGCGUGGUUGUUUUCGCCACGGAGAGGGACGUGUCACAAGCACAGGUCAAUGGAUUCGUCCGCGAGCUCGUGGUCACUUGCACGGACACCGGCAUGAACAUCCCCAAUAAGAGUCCCCCAAUUCUUUACGCCAACCCCCACGGUAACAUUGAAAAUUCUCUCCGUCAAGCCUGGCAGCGUGCAGGACAAGCUGUGAAGAGUCAGCCUCAGUUGAUUUUGUGCAUCCUUCCCAACACUGGUGUGCCCCUAUAUGCGGAAAUCAAACGUGUCACUGACACCAUCCUGGGUGUCUCGUCGCAGUGCGUGCAGAUCAAGCAUACUUGGACCCCCAAGAAGCAGUACUGCGCCAACGUCUGCUUGAAGAUCAAUGUCAAGCUCGGAGGCAUGAAUUCACAUCUCGCCCAGAACAUGUUGCCUUUCUUGACCUCCAAGGCUACUAUCUUGCUCGGUGCUGAUGUCUCGCAUCCUCCACCCGGCGACUCUGUCCGUCCUUCGAUCGCGUCGUUGGUUGGAUCAAUGGACUCGAAGGCUUCACGUUAUGCCGCCUCUAUCCGUGUCCAGGCUGCCAGGACCGAGAACAUUUCUGAUCUCAGUGAUAUGGCUGUUGAGCUUCUGAAAACAUUCUUCCAGACAUGUGGCCGCAAGCCCGAGAGGAUUUUAUUUUACCGCGAUGGUGUGUCUGAGGGACAGUUUGGGGAGGUCUUGGCCAGUGAAGUUGCAGCUUUGAAGGCCGCCUGCCAACGGCUGGAGGCCAACUACAAGCCUAAGAUCACCUUUGUGGUUGUGCAAAAGCGGCAUCACGCCCGCUUCUUCCCCAUGCGUCGCGAGGAUGGUGAUCGCAGCGGCAACUGCAAAUCCGGCCUGGUUGUCGACACUGGCAUCACUCACCCCUUCGAAUUCGACUUUUAUUUGCAAAGUCAUGCUGGGCUGUUGGGAACGUCGCGUCCAGCACAUUAUUGCGUGCUUUACGAUGACAACAAGUUUACCUCUGAUGAACUCCAGGACUUCACAUACAAGCUCUGCCACUUGUACGCACGAUGCACACGUACUGUCUCGAUGGUACCACCAGCCUACUAUGCACAUCUUGUCGCAGCCCGCGCUCGCUUCCACUCGCGCACCGAGAGCUGGAGCGAUUCCGGCUCGACCGAGUCGUCUAACCAGGGAGACGCUGCUUCGUACCUGACUGUCAAGCCUGAGCUGAUGAAGGUUAUGUGGUUCAUGUAA